UGUCGUCGCAUUGACAUUACGCGAGUUGGCGUGCAAUCAAACGGUCGUGUGUUGUUUCUGUUUCUCGUUCAGCAUGGGAAAGGUUAUCAGCGAGUGUUGGGGAAUACCCAUACGAGCCGUCAUGGCGCUACUGGGGCUGCUGUUACUUCAACAACCUUCUGAAGUUGCUGCAUCAACGUGUGGCGUACGUCGUCUUUCCCCGAUGGGACUCGUCACGAAAGGCAUCAUAGCUGAGCCAGGGGAUUGGCCUUGGCAUGUUGCACUGUUUGCCUACGUGAAAUCUGAGAAACCAGCAUACAAGUGUGGUGGAUCGAUUAUCAGUCAACACUUUGUGCUUUCCGCUGCUCACUGUAUAAAGGAACCGAACCCCGAUCACUAUUUCCUGAAGGCAGGCAUACACCAUCUGAACAACGAUAACGACACGAGCGUGAUCGUUUACAACCUGUUCGAGAUCAUCCUUCAUCCAAAGUAUGACCGGAAAACCUUUUACAACGACAUUGCCCUGAUGCGUCCUGAUCGAGCGAUCUCGUUCGCUUCGUUCUCCAUCUUCCCGAUCUGCUUAUGGCCGACGCGCAACGCCACCCUGAUCGACGUUCUGAGCCGGUCCGGCAUAGCCGUUGGGUUUGGAUUUGAUGAGACGCACCGUAUCAGCGAAACGCUUCAGCAAGCCUCUAUGAAGGUAAUCGAGAAGCAGCAGUGCAUUGAGCAGCUGCCCGAGCACGUUCGCUUUCUGCCGCAGGAUGCGGGCAAGAUGUGUGCAAUCGGGACGGAAUCGGGUGCGAACGUGUGCUCCGGUGACAGUGGCGGUGGGUUGUACUUCGCAAAGGAUCAGGUUUGGUACCUGCGGGGCAUUGUGAGUGCGGCGGCCCGGCGUGAUCUGGACACGGGUGAGGCUACGUGCAACGCGGCCCUGCCAGCGACGUACACCGAUGUAGCGCAGUACACGACCUGGAUCAAUGCGCACCAGCAGUUAGUGGAUCAGCGCAAUCUGCUCAAGCUGGAGGACUGUGGCGUGGCCCGCCACUCAGAAGUGCAGGAUGAGAUGAAGAAGCCGGUGUUCAAUCAGUACCCGUGGAAUGUGCUGCUGGAGUUCCGGCAGCUUGACAAGGUGCAGACACAUCUGGUGUGCAGUGGCAUUCUAGUACACCCGCGAUACGUCCUUGCGGUGGGGCACUGUGUAGAGGGAGUGUUCAGUAACUAUAAGCUGCAAUCGGUUCGUCUUGGGGAGUACAACAUCCGCUCGGUGGAAGACGCGGAUCCGAACACUCCGGCCACAACGAUCACGUCCCAGUCGGUGGACAUCGAGCAGGUGUUCUUCCAUCCCAACUACAACAAACCGCAGUAUGCUAACAAUCUCGCUCUGCUCAAGCUGAAGCACAACGCAGAUACGAGCAAACCGAACGUUAAACCCAUCUGUCUGCCAGCGUUCGACGAUUACAAGGAGACGUUCCUGACGGUGAGCGGCUGGAAGCGCAAUAAGCUCGUCUUUCCCAAGAUGGAGCGCGACGCAAUGAACCUCACUUCGUCGGUAACCUGUCGCAGUGAGUACGAAAAACUUGGCGUCGUCCUGCCUCCCACCGAGGAUGUGCUGUGUGCGGUGUACAAGACACGUCCGAAGGGUCACUGUCACAACUAUGCCACGGGCUCGCCGCUGCAGUACAUCAAGCGAGUCGACAAGGUGCCGCGCUACUUCUUGGCCGGCCUGAUGGUGUUUAGCUUCCCGCACUGCCGGGCGGAGGGAAGCGAGAUGUUUGUAAACCUUGAACGUGCGAGCGAUUGGAUUAAGGACACGGUGAAAUGAGCGGAAGGCGUAACGGGUUCGGCAUUGCUUGGAAGAUACAAUAAGAGUGGUUAUUUUUGUUUGGUGCAUCUAGUUUCGACGCAUCCAGUUUCGACGACGUCAAUGAAUAAAAUCAAAACUAUU